AAAGCACUUGAAGUUCAAAUAAGACAAAGACUGGAGCUACAAGAGGCUCAUGAUGACCAUCUCAUCAUGAAAGAAAAGAAGAGAAUAGCAGAACUAGCAGAAGAGGAAGAAUAUAGAAGGCAGUUGAUGGCUAAGUUUGCUGAGGAUGAUCGCAUUGAGCUCAUGAAUGCACAGAAGAGAAGAAUGAAGCAGCUGGAGCACAGGAGGGCAGUAGAGAAACUGAUUGAAGAACGAAGACAAGAGUAUCAGAGAUUGAAGGAGCUUGAAGUGUUGGAGAGGAAGGAGGAGGAGAGACAGGAGUCCAUGAGGAGAGCUAUUGUUGAACAAGAGAGACAACGUUUACUGAGAGAACAUGCAACAAAGUUAUUGGGAUACUUACCAAAA